AUGGCUCCCUAUUACGAUGGAUUGGGUGCCUUUCUAUUUCGGCAACUCUUCUGGACCAUUCCCGAACCACCACCAGAUCGCCUCGAUGGACAGAGAAUCUUAGUGACCGGAGCAAAUGCAGGAAUCGGUUACUCUCUCACGCUGAUGCUAGCUAGGAGGGGUGCUGAGGUAGUCAUGGCAGUUCGUUCAGUCGCCCGAGGAGAGGAAGCGAGAAACGAAAUCUGUCGCGAAGUCCCGGAAGCUCGUAUAUGCGUGCGACAUUGUGACCUUGCCGAUUUCCUGUCAGUCAAUACUUUCCUCGAGGAACUAAAAAGUGAGAGGUCGCAGUUUGACUUGGUAAUUCUGAAUGCUGGCGUGUGGUGCGCUGAGCGUCAAGACUCGGUGGAUGGACAUGAUAUGACCCUGCAGACUGAAAAGGUCAAUGUCUUGGCCAACGCUCUGUUAGCCUCCUCAUUACAGCAUCUCUUACGGUCCACAUUGGGCAACCCUUCUCGCAUGGUCUUCGUUACGUCAGAAGGACACGCAAUGGUUCCAUCCGACUUCGCUCAAGACGAGAAAUUGCUGGCGCGAUUCGCAAUUCAGCCCUAUUCAACGAGCUUUGACCACUAUCAGCAUUACUAUCUUUCGAAACUUUUCGGUCUCCUGUGGGCCCUGGCCUUUGCCCGGCGUGUGGAUCCGGAGAAAGUCUCCAUUGUGUUGGCGUCCCCAGGGCUUUGCCACAGCAAUUUAUUCCGAGACGUUCGCUCAGUACCUAGCAAUUUCUUGGCGUGGUGCUUCGCAAGACCCAGUUCAGAUGGUGCUCGAAUUCUUCUCACUGCUGCACUCGCAUGUCCACAGCGAGCUUCCAUCUACCCUGGAGAUACCUACUUCAGCCAAGGCCGUGUUGUCCCGGUCUCGCGCUUCGCUUCUGCACCCGCGGGCAUUGUCUGGCAAGAUAAGCUGUGGGAUGAAGUCGCACAAUUACUGGAGCCUUUCAAAAACAACAUUUGA